AUGAGAAUUGAGAAAAUGACAACAAGAGAAAAAGAGCAUGGAAUCUUUAUCCACAACGAUUUAAUCAAAGACUUCCCAAAAGGCCAACAACAGAGAACAGCUCUGUUGGGCCAAGUUGUGAUCAUUGAUGCUAAAUUAGGAGGAGGAAACCUUGCUGUUAGGUAUUUGAAAGAUACAGAAACAUGGGAAUCCGUGCAGUUUUGCUGUUCUGAAAACAGCAUCAUCAGGAUUAGUGACAAAUUGUGGCCUUACAUUGCUUCUAUUACUUCACCUCAAGAAAGAAUCAAAUUGGCUAAAAACAAGGAACUUUGUGAAAAAUUGCAGCACAUAUGCAAGGAUGUGGUGGUGGGGUUUGAUGGCACUGAUAAUAUCUAUUUAGGCAGUGUGAAAUACAUUGGCCUUGUCAAAGGCAUGGGUUACUGCUUUGGUAUUUCCUUACAUGAGAGAAAAAAAGGUAAUAACUGCAAUGGCUCAUGUGCUGGGAUUCAAUACUUCACAUGUUUGCCAGGAUUUGGUGUAUUCACUACAAUAGAGAGAGUAAUACCAAAUAAUACAACUGAAUCAACAGCUUUUUCUGAUUUGGACUACCACAUUGAUAAAAAUGUAUACAGCAUAACAAAAAACAUGAGUAAUUCCAAACCAAAAAAUGAAGAAAUUGUGACAAGGUAUGGAGAGUAUCCCAAACAACUUACCAUUCCAAGUAUAAGUACAUCCAUGAGGAAUUCUCUCUCCCUGCAAAAUAUGCUUGAUAUUGGUAGUACAACUAUCAAUACAAACAAUGAUUUUGACCAGAACAGUGUUAUCCAACCAGAGAGAACUUACUUGAUGGCUGAAACUAAGAAAGCCAAAAAUAAAUCAGAAGUAGAUCUUAUUGAUGUCAUAGGAACAUGGUCUGGCACUACUGACAAAGCAAAUUUAGAAGCAUUCUCUAAUUUCAAGAAAAAUCUUGAUAAGAAUGAUAAUAUCAAAGAAAAGUAUUCCACACUAGAAACUAAUACUCUUAGCAGGAGAAAUAAAAGUGUGAAUCCUCUUUCACAUUUCUUGGACAGUAGUAGUACCUUGAAGAAGAGUACUGCAAAAUUUUACACCAACCAUGAUUCACCUGAAUUCAAAAUUGAGAAUAAAGUUAGUCCAAAAGCAGAAAUAAACCAUAAAAUAAACGAAAAAAACGAGCAAGCGGCGCGAUCCACCUUCUACUUGAACGAGAAGCCGAAAUAUCAAGAUCCCCAGCCGGGAACUACCAAUGACUUGGUCAUCGGCAGUCUGGUCGAGGUGAUGAACGACGUCAGCGAGAUCCCCUUGUACGGCGUGAUCCGAUGGAUGGGCAUCGAGACUGGCACGAAUUUCGUGCUGGUCGGAGUGGAAUUGGAGGAGGAGCAGUCCCAUCUGCCGCUGAUACUCACCGACGGGCGGCACAAGGGAGACAGGCUGUUCCAGUGCGCUGACAACAGGGCCGUUUUCGUGGCGUUGGAGCAGUGCCGCAGGGACUCGAGGUUCCAGGAGAUCGCUGCCAGUACUGUCAGCGAGGCUGCUGCUCCUGAGCAAGUAAUUGACUGUCCUGUGAUACCCGGAGCUUUGGCUCCUCUAUGUAUGCCCACAGAGGAAGAUGUGGAGGCGGUAUGUGGAAAAUACCGGGGGAUACAGGGGCACCAUAACUCUUGCUAUCUGGAUGUCACCCUGUUUUCCAUGUUCACCUAUACUUCCGUUUUCGAUAGCCUCUUGUUCCGCCCCAAAGACACCAACGAUAUUGCUGAUUAUGAUGAAGUGCAAAGGGUCCUCCGCGAGGAGAUCGUGAACCCCCUGAGGAAGUACCUCUUCGUCAGCGCGGAUAACGUGAUGAAGCUGCGCCGCCUCCUGGACAGGCUGAGCUCCGUGUCGGGCCUCACCAGCGAAGAGAAGGACCCCGAGGAGUUUCUCAACUCGCUGCUGGCGCAGAUCCUCAGGGUAGAGCCCUUCCUGAAGCUGAGCUCCGGCCAGGAGACGUUCCACUAUCAGCUGUUCGUCGAAAAGGACGCCGACUUGACUUUGCCGACGGUGCAGCAGCUGUUCGAGCAGAGCUUCCUGACCAGCGACAUCAAGCUGAAAGAGGUGCCGUCAUGCCUCAUCGUGCAGAUGCCCAGGUUCGGCAAAAGCUACAAGAUGUAUCCGAGGAUACUGCCUUCGCAGCUGCUAGACGUUACGGAUAUCAUUGAAGGAUCUCCCCGACAGUGCAUAGUGUGCGGCAAGCUGGCCCGCUUCGAGUGCAAAGAGUGCUUCGAUGACUGCAGCAACGCCGGCCUCGAGAGCACCGCCUUCUGCUUUGAGUGCCUGAAGACGGCGCACCGACUCGAGCGGCGCGCUGACCACCGGCCUAGGAAACUGCAAAUCGCCGCCGACUUUUCCCCAGAGAUGCAGGACGCGUACCGGCCGCCGCGGCUGUUCAUGGAACUAUUCGCCGUCAUCUGCAUCGAGACGUCGCACUACGUGGCGUUCGUGAAGUGCGGCGUGGGGCACGAGGCGCCUUGGUGCUUCUUCGAUUCGAUGGCCGACAGAAAAGGUGAAAGAAACGGAUACAAUAUACCCGAAAUGGUGGCGUGCCCUGACAUUUCCAGAUGGUUGUCCGACGACAGGAUUUGCAGGCGGCUGCACGAAGAAUUCCCGGUGGAUCGGCAUCUACCAGAGCAUGCUCGCAGGUUACUAUGCGACCCUUACAUAUGUAUGUACCAGAGUCCCGAUGUGAUGAUGUACAGAUAA